UGCGAGAUGAAGUCAUUAUUUUUUGUUUUAAAUUUCAUUGCUGUUUGUUUUUCACAGUAAGUGUUUUAGGGCUUACAACUAUAAACGAUUUUGAGUAUACACGAAUAACAUGGAAAGAUGGCCAAAUGAAUACAAGCACGUUUGACAUGCUCCCAGACGAAAAGCAUGCUGAUAGCAAUUGGCCUCCUGGGCCUUAUUCUAUGUUGAUGCCAACAACUGGCUGUCCUGAAUCAAAAAAUCAAGGCUGGAGGACCGGGUACAUAUAUCUCGUUUGGCCGAAUACAGUCAAAGUCGUAUCCUCGGUACCAAUGGCAAAACCUGGUUGCAAACAAGUUUCAGAGAAUAGCAACGAAGGUGUUAUUGCAAAUAAAACGGCAAAACGGUUUUACGACAUAACAGAGGACAGCUGGCCAGAAACGUGUAGCAACUUGCUAGGACCUUUUAACAGAUUUUCAUUCAAAUUGAACUUUUGCGUUAAGGAUGGAGAUGAAAAUAGUCCGAAUAAUGAAUCCGUUGACUGGCCGGAUGGCGAUUACGCUAUUGUGGCAACAGGGGCAUGCCCACAAGGUUUUUACAGCAAGAAACAUUCAAUAACAGUGCCCAAACUCACGUCUUGGACAAAAAGUGGGAUUCUUCCAAAUGUCACAGUCCUUAAAACUCCAAACGCAAGCAUAAUUGAGAUUGAUCUGUGUGUACAUGAAAACAACACCGAAAUACAAACCGAAACAAAUAACACCGUAUUUAUAGAUGAUGCGUUUCUUCUUAUAAAGGUUGAAAAUAAAACCUGUAUAAACUUGAAUGGAAUGGAAGUGGUAAACGAAACGUUGUUCAUUGGUCAAAGUCAAGGAGUUUUGCAAGAAUUUGAAGAAGUUUUUCAAAUCUGCUAUUACAAACCAGUGUACUGGACCAAAAGAAGCGAUUUGUAUCUGCAUUACCAGAACUUAAUGUUUAAAGGGUUUUCAAUGACAAAUGUCGGUCUUUCUUAUGGGAGCCAAAAUGACUUCGCUCAGAGCCUGAUGCAGUAUGAUACCCUACCAAAUCAGGAAAUAAAAUAUAAACAGAUGAGUCAUUGGCUUUUGCUGGAUAUGGGUGGAAUGUUCUUUGUUCAAGGACUCAGGUUCCCAAAUUAUCAUUUGGAACAAACAUCGCUGGUGAGUUACAACGGUACUCUACAAUGGGCAAUACAUGGAGAAACCUGUUCACGGUGGGAUUCCCACCCGAAAAUCGUAGAAAACUUCAAAUUUCCCGUUGAUGGAAAUGUGUUUGCUGCUGAGAACUUCUGUAGAUACCAUGGAAACAUAGCUGAUCAUUGCAUCAUUUGUUUCAUUGCACCUGCAAAGUUAAAGUGUUGCACUGGGGAAGUUUACACGAUUGGUGGAAACGGAAGGGAGUCAUUUACAAAGAUAUUGAUAGGCAAUGACAGAUAUGCAAUGUUUAGAACAGGAUCAAUUGAGGUUCCAUAUUCACUUGAUAUCGACACAGACAGAACUGUAGUAGCUUACUUUCAAAAACACAUGUUCGGAAGGUUUAUCCUAUUGAUAACAACAGAUAAUGAUGGUUUCGAAGAUUUGAUCAACAGUACUUCCGGCAUUCAAGUUUUAAUUUCUAAAGAUUCCUUAACGACUCAGCAAGACAUAUGUAAUAAUGAUCUUGGAAUGCAGGACAUGGGUAUAACGGACGCGCAGAUAUCGGCAUCAUCUUGGUUAAUUCAAUUUCCACCUGAAGCAGCUAGACCAUUUCAAUCUGGAUGGUGCUCUGACAUAAAUGAUGAAAAUCCCUAUAUAAUGAUUGAUUUGCUCAAAGAUACAACAGUAGAAGGUAUUGUGAUUUGGAACUGGGAAGCACUAACAACAUCUGUGAAUAAGAUGAUCUUUAGUAAACGUUAUUUACCGAUGGGUGCAAGAACCUUUAGUGUUUUUCACCGGUCACCCGAGAACACAACCUGGAUAGCAGACAAAACUAGUGACAUGUUUCAAUUUGAAACAUUUCAUCCGACGGUUGUUCCUCAAAAGAUACUUUUUGAAGAACCUCUCUUUACACGCUUUGUAAAAAUUAACAUCAUUCAGCCGUUGACAGAGGGGUUCAAAUGCUUGAGAUUUGAACUUAUUGGUUGUCGGCAAAAUGAUGCGGCAAACUUUCCAUCAUUGUUAAAUACAUAUACGUAUGAUUAUACAACUGUAUCUUUGAUUGAAUGGGUGUAUCAGGAGAUGGUGCUAACAAGUGUUAACUACCCAGUGUCAUAUCAGCCAGGCUCAGUGUACUCCUGGAUAAUAAACUUUGAAGGCGACGGAUUUGUAAAAGUAGCAUUCACGCAAAUUUCAUUCAAUGUUUAUGAGAACAUCAAUAGUAACCCCAAUGCUUGUAAAGACAAAAUACAGCUCUAUGAUGGAGAAGAUUUGAGAAGAACAACUUUUGCGGAGAUUGACAAUUUGUACAACAACCGCAUACCGGUCUUUGAAACGAAACACAGUGUAAUAUUGUUGACAUUCACCUCGUGUCGAAUAUUUUCUAAAAUAGUAACAAGGGGCUAUGGAUUCAGAGCUUUUGUCUCCAAACAAGCAACACCAACGUGCUUAUCUUCCGAAAGCAAUAUUAGAAGUGGUUCAGUUAGGACAGAACAAUGCCAGUUGCAGUCAAUGUAUUUGACAUCUUUUUCUAUCCUGAAUAUUCAAUACAAAGGAUCAUCUGAGAAAUGGACUCUGCACAUAAAGAAACACAGUUUCUCAUUACAGUUUUUAGACUUUUAUAUACCUUGUUCCGACAAUACAAAAUUGAUAUUCAUUGAUAGGUAUAUGGAAGGCAAAGUCUUUUGUAAUCUGGCAAAACCUCCAAAAGUGAUUUACUCGAAUUCGGAUAAUGUUUCUUUAGUACUGAAUAGAUUUUCUUCCGAUGAAGAGCCUAUUUAUAGUAUAAGGCAACGUUUUAAAGCCGUCUACGUAGCGCUGAGCGAGGAAUUUUCUAACAAAAUUGAUGAGCAGUAUACUAACUAUUACG